GGGGAGGAGCUGUUUCCCCACAGCUCGAUAACCACGGAAAGUAAGUGAAGGUAGCGUUCACUGUAAAUGAAGCUGCUCUCAGGUCAACUAAUGGCCCACAGGAGACGGAGAAAGUAAAGUCAACGAUUAGUUUAGAACUUCGUGAAGUUUUCCGACAGUAACUUAACGGCUUCUUUUUUUAUUUUUAUUUUUUUUAAUUUUUUUUUACUCCACGUACAAGUGAGAAGCAGCAACGCCCCGGGGCUGAUAUUGAGGUCUCACUAUGUCUGAUGGGGAGUAUGAUUACCUCAUCAAAUUCCUAGCCCUUGGUGACUCUGGUGUGGGAAAAACAAGCUUCCUCUACCAGUACACAGAUGGCAAAUUCAACUCCAAGUUCAUCACUACAGUUGGAAUUGACUUCAGAGAAAAGAGAGUGAUUUACAAAUCAACGGGUCCGGAUGGAUCUUCAGGUAAAGGUCAGAAGAUCCACAUGCAGCUGUGGGACACUGCAGGGCAGGAGAGGUUUCGGAGUUUGACAACUGCCUUCUUUCGGGAUGCGAUGGGCUUCCUCCUCCUGUUUGACCUCACGAACGAACAGAGCUUCCUUAAUGUCAGAAACUGGAUGAGUCAGCUACAGAUUCAUGCAUACUGCGAAAAUCCAGACAUUGUUCUGUGUGGCAACAAGUGUGACCUGUCGGAUCAGAGGGCCGUCAGUGAAGAAGAAGCUCGUGAGUUGGCAGAUAAGUAUGGAAUCCCGUACUUUGAGACAAGUGCUGCAAACGGGCAGCAUGUCAGCCAGGCUGUGGACGUCCUACUGGACCUCAUCAUGAAGAGGAUGGAACGGUGUGUUGACAAGUCCUGGAUCCCCGACGGGACCGUCCGAGCGAAUGGUCCCACAAACACAGACCUCUCAGAAGGCUCAGAGAGGAGCAAAUGUGCAUGUUAAAGCAUGAGCUGUGUUAUCUGUGUCCAUAAUACAGGUGGAAAAAUAGGAAGACAUCCAAGUUCAGGGUUUAACCAAGUGGAUUUAUAUACAAUAUACAUAUAGAAUGUAUUCAAUAUGCUACAUUGUGUGUCAGUACAGGAAAGUGCCUUUUAAAUAUGGGCAUUUUAAUUAUCCAUAUCACAAUUCAUGAAAGAUUAGAUUUUGUACUUGUGGGAAAAGUGGAUAUUUAUUUCUGAAAUGUCUCUUUAUCACAAUAUGUUGAUUUCAUUUUCAGGCAUAGAUUUUGUGCCUCUGUGCCUCAAAGCAUAUGAUCCAGAUGUGCCUUAUAUAUGCUGUUAAUACACUGUAUUUGCAUUAAGUUUGUUCACAUUGUGUCCUUUUUAUUUGCAUGGAGGAUUUCAUUGUGGCUGAACUUGUUACUACUGAUGCUCUACUGAAUGUCCAGCUGAAUUCUGCUGUUCCGUUAGUGUUACAUACUGUAAUAUCUAUGGCUAUAUCUGGCUUACAUUGAUCAUGCAGAUUAUGAGUAUUUGAUUUUUUUUUUUUUUUCCUGCUUGGACAUGCUCAGCAUAAAAGAGUUAAAUAUGGAACACAGUUUAAGUCAUCUUCAUUACAUACAUUAUUUAUAAGUGAAAUAACUACAAAACAUUUGAUAGAGGGAAUUGAUAUACAUUACUGGAUGAUUUAUUGUUACUUUGAAUAAUACCCACUAGAAAUAUGGCUAUUUGGAUGAUGUUGUGGUGGUAAAAUCUGAGACUAAAGAAAUGAGGUACCAUCUUGAAAUAUUUAAUGACUGUUAAAUUUGGAUAUCCUCAGUAACUUAAUUGUCCUUUUACUGGGGGAAAAGAGGAAAAAAGAGAUGCUGGGUUCUAGUGUAACUUCUAACAUAUUGAGUGAAUUUUAGGAAUUAAUGUGACUGUUUGCUAGGUCAUCAAUAUGUUCUAAUAUCUUAAAAAUGCAACCAGGUUGUAUAGUGAUGACUUGAACAGGUAAAACUUUGUUAAACCCUGAAGUUGUAGAAGUCUAUGUCCAAACCACAACAGUUUAACACAAAUCCACACUGUAUGUGCCACAUUGUCAGUCUUUGCUGUAUAAAAUUGUGCAUGUAUUUUAGCUAAUACACAAGUAUAUUUUCCACUCCCUGUAUCAAUCCACAGAUUUGAAAAUCAGUCACAUUAAAUUUUAUUAUAUUAGUAAAAUGGAAUUCAGACAUUUCAUAUUGUGCUCUACACUUUGAUAUGCAAAAUAUGUAAAUUAUGUCCAGAAAUAAACAAUUUUAUUUAUGUAUUA